AUUCGGUCACUGAUAUUUUUAAAAAUUGAUUUUCCCAUAAUAUUAGGUUUUUGUGGAUAAAACAGUGAUUUAUUAAUUACAAAAUAAUGGAAAACGAUAUGAAUCACUGUGAUUCGUAUUUAUUAUUUGUUAACGACUGAGUGAUCACAAAACAAAUGAUAACCAGCAGUCAAUUAAAUCGCAAUUAAAUAAAAUAUUAACAAGAUGGGUCGAACUCAACGAAAAAGGCGACGUAAAAAUUUGCUCAAGUUUUAUUCCUGCAAUAAUGAAAAGGAUUUAGUGCAAUUAAACGCCUGGUUAGCGAAGGAAGGAGUUCGAUACAAUAAAAAACUCGUACUGGCCGUUUUUAAUGAUACUGGCAGGGGAGUGUUGACGAAAAAGAAAAUAAAGGCGGGAGAAGAACUAAUCAAUCUCCCGCUUAAUUUAACUAUUAACGUAACUAGUUUAUUAAUGGAUGUUGUAUUUUGUAAAGUGUUUUUAGAGAACAAUAUUCCUUGUUUACUGAAAUAUAGUCGUAAGGUGUCGUUUCAAUCGCUUAUGGCAUUUUAUCUAGUGUAUUUAAGAUCGCAAGGACAAAAAUGCAAGUGGUACAUUUAUUUAGAGAGCUUGCCGAAGAUUUAUACUGUACCAUAUUUCUUGCCCAAUGAAAUAAAAAAAUAUAUAGAUGAUGAAAUUAAUUCUGUGAUUAUAAAGCAAAGAAAUAUUAUCGAAAAUACGUUUUAUAUUUUUGAAGAACUUUUAAAAAACACUACAUGUAUUAGUGAUAUCGUUCAGAAUUUUAGAUCAUAUUUUUCAUUAUGUAAUUACGAAUGGGCCUAUUUUACAGUGAACACGAGAUGCGUUUACAUGGACCUAACAAAAGUGAUAGACUUGAAAAAUAUUGAAAGUUCUAUUCUAUCUUUAAUUAAUGAUAAUACUAAGAUAUCAUUAUGUCCAUAUCUAGACAUGAUAAACCACAGCCCAACCUCGAGAAACGAAACAAAACUUUUAGUAAAUAAAGAAGUAGGAGUUACACCGAUCACAAAUUUAAAUGAGAAUAUAUUUUCCGAUGUUAGAUUUUCUAUUUACACAAAGAAUAAUUUCGAUCCAUAUACACAAGUUUUCAUAUGUUACGGUGACAGUCAUAACUUGAAAUUGAUCACGGAAUACGGCUUUUGUCUACCUUCAAACGAUAUAGAUUUUGUGUCGUUUCAUUUUGAUAAAAUUAAUAUAUUUUUAAACUCUGUGGGCAUUAAGCUAUCCAAUGAUCAAACAGCUUUCAUCAGUAACCACGGACUGAAUAAGGAAUUGUAUAUAGAUUUAAGAGGCUUAAGUUUUAAUUUUUAUGGUUUAUUGAUGGUAGUUAAAUAUUAUUAUGACAAAAAUAUAGAUAUAAGUAGGUUAAUAUAUUCUGCUGCAAUAUGUUCCGACGAUAGAAUCCUAAUAGAAUUUAUAAAGCCAAUGGUCAAAGAAAGACUUGUAAAUAUUCAGUCUGCAUUAAGUAAGCUAGGUAGUUUUAGUAAAUGUUUUAUUUUAGACAAUUGUAUUGAACUCAUGUGUCAGUAUGUUAAAAUAUUAGAAAAGUUUAUUAAAUGUUAGAUAUUUACCUAUCAAGUGAUUUUGUAUUAUUUUCUAUCCUUAGAUCUAAUUCUCAGUUUUCUUCAUGUCUGUUAUCUCAGGAGUAUCAUUUAUAUUAAGAAAUGUUAAUAAUUAUUAAAAUUUUAAGGUAUUUGAUAUAUAAAAAUAUGAUUAAAAAUUAUCAGUAUUUUUAAAAACAUGCAUUAAGACAAGAGUAAAAAGUUUCAAUAUGGUUUAAGGAUUAAAUGUUAGCAUUUUAAUUAUAAUUAAUUUUAAUAACUA